ACAAUUGGAGAAACCCUAAAAUUCUUGCAUUAUUUUGCAGCUCUUCAAUGCCGGAGUUAAUAAUAAUAAAAAUAAAUAAUAGCCUGCGAUAAACCUUUGUUUAUUUUAUUUUAUUGUUUUCGAUCGUAAGAAAAAUUAGUUUGAAAAUGACGAAAAAGUUUUUUUCAAGAAGAGAGUUGUUGGAUCGAUGGAGAGGCAUCGAAGAAGAAGAAGAAGAAGAAGAAAGUGACGAUACUGAUCCUUCAAUACGACGUCGCCUUCACAAGCACAAAGAAGAAUGGUUUGGAGAUGCAUUCAGUAUGUUGAUAAGUUUGCCAAAGGAAAAUCAUAUCUGGUGUGGCACUUGGGACAUAAUGGGUCCUCUAUUGGAAACUUUCUACAAUUAUUUCAAAGAUGACCGUGAUGAUUCUCCUCUCAGGCUUCUAUGGAAGAGGAUCUCUGAGGAAAUGAGACAUUGUAUCCAAUGCGUUUCUCAGCAUCAUCAUGCCCAAGAGAUGUUCAGCAUGGAAUAUGAGUUGUGUUCCGUAGGUCCCCUUCUUGAGGUGUUGCGGAGCCUUGAUGAGGAAAGGGUGACUCAACAUUUGAGAGAGAUGAAUGAAAGAUUGGUGCGGCGGGAGUAUGAUCCUCUAUGUGAUAAUGCUGAGGUUGUCAACCUCAUGUAUGAGGUUUUGAUGUUUCCUGUCCUAUUAGAUGAUCAGUCCCUAUUUAUAGAAUUUGAAAGAUUCAUUGAGGCAGUUGAUAAUAUGCAUGAACUGGCUUUGGCUGGGCAACAGUUUCCGGGUGUUUAUGCAUUGCUUUUUUUCAAUAGAAGAGUGAGGACUGUUGGUCAUCGAUUAGCUAGAUCUAUGGGAAAAUUGAGGAGAGCAACUGACUUGGAACCUUUGCAACCUUUGCUUAAAAAAUUCAUUGGCUUUUUGGAGAAUGAAGUAUUGCCUUCAACUUUAGAGACUUCAAGGCCAAGGACACAGCUGGACCGAAUACCUAUAUGGCUUGGAAUUACAUCAUUGCUUGAGUUCUUGGAACCUCCAGCCUUUGAAGAGGGAAUACUAGAGUGCUAUCCCAUCUUUUUUGAUAUUGUGCUCAACCACAUCAGUGGUGAUUCACAUGAAUUUUCCCAUGCUGUUAACUGCUUAAGAGAACUCUUCAAAAUGCUUGGUUGUAAGCUUUGGCUGAGGUCUACAUUAUCUCCAAGUGUGAUGCGCAACACAUUGUUGGGUCAAUGUUUUCACACUAGAAAUGAGAAGAUACAUAAAGAUAUUUUUGAUCUUUUCCAGCCAUUUUUGCAGUCACUUGAAGCUUUGCAAGAUGGUGAACAUGAAAAGCAACGCAGGAGUUUCCUUUAUUUUCUUCUCCAUCAAGUUCCUGUGAGCAGUAACUUCAGUGUUUUAACAAGAAAAACUGCGUGCAAGAUUGCUUUUCUUAUCAUACAACGAGGUUACAAGAUGAAUCCACCAUGCCCUCCUUUUGAGUGUGCACAUAUGUGGGGUCCUUCGCUUGUUUCUUCCUUGAAGGAUUCUUCACUCCACAGUUCUCUGCGCCAGCCUGCCUUUGAUCUCAUACAAACCAUUCUGGUGUCUGAUGCUGCUGCCUUAAUAACUUCAAUGCUGAAUUGCAGCACUGCUACCAGUAUUUUGAAAAACACUUCUAUUGAGUUAGAUGAUGAAGAAGAAGAUAAUGAGCUUCCGUUUACUAAGGAUGUUGAAGAGAAAGAUACUAGUUGUUGGAGUGAAUUUAGUGCUCAGAGUCUAAUUACUUCUCGGGAGUGUAGAGAGUGGAUGUGUAUUCCCAUGUUGUGGAUUGAUGUUCUUAUUGAUAUUGAUCCUCCAGUUCUCCCAAUAUCAUUUUUCAAGGCUGUAUUAUGGGCUCGAUCUCGUUUCCCUCUGGUAGAACCUGAGAAUAGUGCAGAAUUGGCUCUUGAUAUUAGAGGUUGGCUUUCAUCAUCUGCUGCAGAAAUCUCAAGCACAUUUGGAUGGAAGGUACCAACUGGUUCUGAUGAUGGAGAGAAGGAAUCUAAAAACUCUAUGAGAUUGUCAACCAUGUGUCUUCCUUUAAUAAAGACGUUCAACAGGUUAACUGCACAUUUUUUGAUUCGAAUGGGGCAAGGGGAACUUCUCAAGCAGUGGACUUGGGAACCAAGGAUGGGGGAAAGCUUGAUCCUCUCUCUUGUGGACCCUAAUGAUAAUGUGAGACAGUUUGGCAAGUGUAUCUUGGAACAAGUUUCAAAUACGCGGGGUCUUGGUUGUAGUUUGAAGUUUCUUUGCUCCAACGUUUUUUCUCUAUCUGCUGUUUAUUUGGGUGUGAGGCAUGCCUUGAAACUUGUCCAGCUAGAUUCCGUUCUAUUAAAGUUUCAGACUUUGCAUCACUUUUUCUUUGUUCUAUGCAAGUUACUUAAAGACGAGGACUUGCCUAAUUCAGAUUUAUCUGAGAAUUCAUCCAAUGUCUCAAAUGUCAUGAAGUACUCUUCUCAGGGUGGAUUUCUUAAGCAGCCAUUAUUUGAAGUUUUGCCUGCAAAUAAGGGUGGAAAUUACGCAAGUGUUGACCUGGAAUUGAGGGAAAAUUUCUGUUCCUCAUUGUCAGAAAUGGCAUGGCCAACCUUAUGCAAAUGCUUGGUAGAAGGGAAGGCAUUUAUUGAUUACAGUAUUUGUCAGAUGACUUGUGUGCGUGUGCUUGAGAUCCUCCCUGUUCUAUUUGGAAGACUUGGUCCAUCAUUUGCUAGACCGUUUGGAGAUUCUAAAGUAGCAUUAGAGAAUUUCAUGGAUUUCAAAUGGCUUCAUGAUCUUAUGGACUGGGGAAAGUCACAACUUAAGGUCAUUGUUGUCUAUUGGAAAAAGGCCAUAAUCUCUUUGCUGAAUGUGUUCAAACUAUUAAGGAGUGAUAGUUCUCUAUUGAUGUUCACGGCCAUUGAAAAUCUUAUUUCAAGUGAUGCUGUUGACAUGGAUGAAUUGACAGAACAAGUAUCACGACUUUGUGUUACAUUAUCUAAAGAAGUUUCUUGCGGCCUUGGACAUUCAACCUUGAGGUCAAAAAAAUUGUUUAGGUACUCUACACCUGAUGUGCAGCCUUCUUCUAUUGAAACAAAUGUAAAAGCCUUGGAUUCCUUAAAAGUGGCAAAAAGAAAGAAUGAAAAUAAUCUGAUUGUUCUUUCUGAUGAUGAGGAGGAGAAAGAUAUUGCAUCUGAUAAGUCAAGUCACAAAAUGUUGGAUGGGGAGGCAGGGUUUCCUUCGAACGAUGAGCAUGCUUCAGAAGCUGACCAUGCCGAGAAGGAUGUCCAUAGCACUGCCGCUGAUACUUCAAAGAAUUUAUUCGAGUCUCCCCUUAAAAGAGAUUCCCUUGUUUCCCAGAAGCAAGAACCUGAGAAAUCAAGAGUCAAGCCACGUCUUGUCAAAUCAAAAGACCUUGAUAGUGAGAGGAUAGAAAUAAGCUCCAACUCCAAAAGUAAUGUCAUUUCACCUGAGUGUAGAGUUGAUCAGAAGAACAAAAAUGAUGAAUCUGUCAAACUUAACAGUAUUAAUCAAGGUUGCAACAAAAUAAUUUCUGGAACAAAUGAUACUAUUUUGAAGGAGUUGGUACAUGAUGCUGCAGAAGAUCCAUUGGAGUCUGCUUUCAGAACUGCAAGAGUACAGUCAUCAUUUCUUGCAAAAGCAGGUCCUUUUGUUCCUAAAAGGCAAGUCAUUCAACUUAAAUCACCCUUUGGAAACAGAUCUAGCCUACACAGGCUGGAAGCUCAGGUUAAAAGGUUCAAGCCUCCAAGACUAGAUGACUGGUAUAGGCCAAUAUUAGAAGUAGAUUUCUUUGUAACAGUGGGAUUAGCAUCUGCAAGUGACGAUGAGAGUCGCACUGUUAACAAAUUAAAAGAGGUCCCUGUGUCAUUUCAGUCAUCUGAACAGUAUGUAAACAUUUUUCGGCCAUUGAUUUUGGAGGAGUUUAAAGCACAAUUGCAUAAUUCCUUUCUGGAGAUGUCCUCAUGGGAGGAGAUGUAUUAUGGCAGUAUAUCUGUGCUGUCAGUUGAGAGGGUUGAUGAUUUCCAUUUUACUCGAUUUGUCUAUGAUGGUGAUGAUUCUACAGCAUCUAAAAGCUUUUCAGAGAAUGAUCUUAUUUUGCUUACUAAAGAGCCUCUAAAAAGUACCUCCCAUGAUGUUCAUAUGGUUGGAAAGGUGGAGAGGCGUGAGAGAGACAAUAAAAGAAGGUCAAGUAUACUGCUGAUUCGGUUUUAUCUUCAGAAUGGUUCAAUACGUUUGAAUCAAGCUAGGAGGCAGCUUCUUGAACGUAGUAAAUGGCAUGCCAGUCGCAUCAUGAGCAUUACACCCCAGCUUCGAGAAUUUCAGGCACUAUCAGCAGUAAAGGAUAUCCCUCUGCUUCCAAUCAUUUUAAACCCUGUCAAUGAUUCUACCAUCUCUGAUAAACCAAGACUAGAUUUCAGUAAGCUGUCCCAGCCCUUGCAGCAAUUACUGAGGUCAUCCUUCAAUGAUAGCCAGCUUCAAGCUCUGAAUGUUGCUGUUGGAUCACAGAAGAUAAAGAAAGAUUUUGAAUUGCAUCUUAUUCAGGGUCCUCCAGGGACUGGAAAGACCCGAACUAUUGUGGCUAUGGUUGGUGUUUUCCUUGCUUCCCUUCAACGGAGAACAAAUGAAUCAGAGAAUUCACAGAAUGGUGAUUUGAAACAAAGCUAUAGUUCUUCCACCAAUUCAAGGACACGAGUCAGCCAGGCCACAGCCAUUGCAAGAGCAUGGCAGGAUGCUGCCUUGGCUAGACAACUAACUGAGGAUGUUGAAAGGUCAAAAAAAUCAACAGAAAGUUCUACAAGAGGAAGAGUGUUAAUUUGUGCUCAGUCAAAUGCUGCAGUUGAUGAGUUGGUGUCAAGAAUAUCUAAUGGUCUACAUGGGAUAGAUGGAAAGAGGUACAAACCUUAUCUUGUACGGGUUGGAAAUGUAAAAACCAUGCAUCAAAAUUCUCUACCUUUCUUCAUUGAUACACUUGUUGAUCAUCGGUUGGCAGAAGAGAAAAUGCAUACAAAGGAUGCUAGGAAUGAUUCAAGUGUAGAAUCUUCUUCUACAGUACUGCGUUCUAAUCUGGAAAAGCUAGUUGAAGACAUCAGAUUCUAUGAAACCAAGCGUGCCAACAUAAGGGAUGGAAAUUCGGGCCUGAAGAAAACAUCAGAAGAUGGAUCUGAUAAGGAAACGGAUGUAAAAGAAAUGUCUGAUUUGGAAGUAGAGGCAAAGCUACAACGAUUGUACGAGCAAAAGAAACAAAUGUAUAAAGAUCUUAGUGCUGCUCAGGCACAAGAGAAGAAGACUAAUGAAGAAACCAAAGCAUUAAGGCAUAAACUGCGGAAGUCUAUUCUAAAGGAGGCUGAAAUAGUUGUCACAACAUUAAGUGGUUGUGGUGGAGAUCUCUAUGGAGUAUGUGCUGAAACCAUAUCAAGUUUUAGGUUUGGCAAUCCAUCUGAACAUACUCUUUUUGAUGCUGUUGUGAUCGAUGAAGCGGCUCAAGCUUUGGAACCAGCUUCUUUGAUUCCUCUUCAGCUUUUAAAGUCAAGAGGGACAAAAUGUAUCAUGGUUGGUGAUCCAAAGCAGCUUCCUGCAACAGUUCUCUCUAAUAUUGCAAGCAAAUUUAUGUAUGAAUGUAGCAUGUUUGAGCGUUUACAAAGAGCUGGUCAUGCUGUUGUUAUGCUUACUGAACAGUAUAGGAUGCAUCCAGAGAUAUGUCGCUUCCCUUCUUCACAUUUUUAUGACAAUAAGUUGCUGAAUGGUAAUACAAUGUUGAGCAAAUCAGCAGCAUUUCAUGGGACUGAAGGCCUUGGUCCUUAUGUGUUUUAUGAUGUUGUUGAUGGUCUGGAGCUUCGUGGCAAGAAUUCUGGUGUGUUAUCUCUUUACAAUGAACAUGAGGCUGAUGCGGCAGUUGAGCUGCUUAGGUUUUUCAAGAAAAAGUAUCCAUCUGAGUUUGUUGGCGGCAGAAUUGGCAUAAUAACUCCAUACAAGCGUCAGCUUUCUCUUUUGCGUUCUUGCUUUUCUAGUGCAUUUGGUUCUUCUGUUAUGGCUGAUAUAGAGUUCAACACUGUGGAUGGUUUUCAAGGCCGGGAGGUUGAUGUAUUAGUGCUUUCCACAGUUAGAGCAGCAAGCUCUUCGACAGGCAUAAGUUCAAGCAGUAUUGGGUUUGUUGCAGAUGUAAGACGGAUGAAUGUGGCCUUGACAAGAGCCAGGCUCUCUCUCUGGAUUUUGGGGAAUGCUAGAACUUUGCAGACAAACCAUAAUUGGGCUGCUCUUGUGAAGGACGCUAAGCAGAGAAAUUUGGUGCUAUCAAUUAAAAGGCCUUACCAUAUCAAUUUUAGAACAAGUGCUAGAAAAAAUCUUGCUCCAGAAGAUUCUGAUAAUCAUCUGAGUCAGGUUAGGCAUGUCAAAAAGGUUGGAGGUACUGGCCAACUUGCAAAAAAUGAGUAUGGGGAAAAGCAGAAGUUUGAAAGGAACAGAAAGCAUAUUGACAGUGUGGCUGGCUGUAACAGGACUGUUGCUGGAGAUGAUGAUAACUCUUUGAAAAGGAAAGAUAUCCCGUGUAGCCAAAGAAAAGCAAAAGAUGAUUGUGAUCCUCCCAUUGAAAGGAGUAUUUCAUCUGCAUCUGCAUCUGCAAAUGAUAACAAAAGACAAUUGCAGUAUGAGAAGUCUAGGAUUCCAGAGAAACUGGCUACCUGUAGGGGAAGCCAAGAGAAAGAGACUAGUGAAGUGCAAGUCAAUUCAAGGAAAAACCAUAUGAAAGAAAGAAGUAAUGAAAAUACCGGACUAGAAGUGGGUCACAGCAGGAAAAAUAAGAAAUUUAAUUUGUCAAAAGAAUCAAAGAAAUCUUCUGGGCAGGAACAAAGAAGUUUGCAUCUUUCAACUCCCAGACCUGACAGCAACAGGAAAGAUAGAGUAGCAAAUGAAGGUUACAGAGAUCCUGAGGAUGUUGGCUCUUCUCAGAAUUUAAAUGUGAAAAGGAAGCAGCAACGUGAAGCUGUUGAUGCCAUUCUUUUCUCAGCUCUAAUUCCCUCGAAGAAGUCUGAACAAUCAACAAAAAAUUUACACCAAAAAAGGCCACUUUCCCCACCUUCACUUGUAAGUGAUGGCUUCAAUCCACCUAAGAAAAGAAAAGGUCCACCAAAAUCCUAAACAAGGGCACUUCACUGCAAGAUCAGAUUCAUCUAUAGCACAGUGCUUCAGACAAUUCUUUGAGCUUAUAAGGGCCUAAGGAGGAAAGUUUUCCACUUUUCUGUAAGCAAAGGAAUUUAAUGGAAUGCUGCUAUCAUCUUUGUACAAAAUGAUAAAGCAGAAAGAAGAUUCUGGGGCUCCUAGCUAUGUUGCGCAAGGAAUGAGGUAACCAGCGGCUGUCUCAGCUUCUUCCUAAGAUCAGUAAACUAGGUUUAAGCUUCUGUCGCUGUGCUAUCGGCUUUGUAAGUUGUAUUGAAUUAUAAGGAAGAUAGUAGAGCAGCUAAUUGGAGAAUCAGAUAAAAUUUAUUGCAUUCAUAGCAUGGGGAUUAGUUGAAACUGAACUCCAAUCCUAAUGCUGCGAUGAACAGUCUUAAUGGAAGAGUGGUAUGGGUACCAACAUUUGUGAGUGUCUUGGCUCACAAUUGAAAUCCUCUUUUAAACCACUUCUUUUGAGGACUGUAUCCUCAUAGAACUUCGUAGAUUCAAAAUUAAAUCUUGGCUUUUGCUUUAUAUCCUCCUGUUUCCGGUUGAAAAUGUGAACGUUACUAUUGUAAAUACUUAGUAAUAUUUUUGUUACCAUUGUAGAAAAAGCUUUCAAUGUUUUUCUUUUUGGCUCAAAUGGUCUUUUAUUUAUAUUUGUAUUUUCUAUCAAGGAGCUCGCAAAUUAUUCUCACAAAGGAGUUCAAAAAUGGUUAAAUACUAGUAAAACAGGAAAAUUAUUGACACAGUUUACAACAUAUUAGAUACA